AUGGACGAUAAACGAAUCGUCGAUUAUUUUGCACUAGUCGGUAUUGGCCCGGAAAUUGAGAGAGAUUUGGUACCAAAUGACGAAUAUCAUAGUUCAACAACACCUAAAAAUCAUAGCAAUACUAAUUCAUUGAACGGUUAUGAUUUAACCCCACAAUAUCAACAACCCAUUGUCGAUAUUGCUGUUAUUGAUCGAACAUACGGCGAGGGAACACCGGCUGGCUACGAUAUUAUUUCGCAAACGCCUACCGGCUUAUCUGCAAAUUUAAAUCAUGGUGGUUUACGGAAUCAUGAAAUGUACAUAUGUUUUCGUCGUGGACGAGAUAAAUCACCGAUUACCGAUAUCGGUGUAUUGUUUGAAGGACGUGAAAAAGUCAUGGAAAAUGUAUCAGUUAUAGAAACGACACCACAUGGUUAUCCAGCGAAUGUAUUUAGUUCAAGUUUUAGCAAAGAACGAACGUUAAUCACGUACAGGCGUGCAACAUCAAAUAUUUUAUGUAAUACGCUAGCUGUCACUGAUAUUUGUGUAAUUAUUGAAAGCAAAGGUGAAGUACCACCUCACUCAUACAAUAAAAUACACAAGAAUCUCAAUCGAAGUAUGCUUGGUUCUCAUAUCUAUUUAUGUUAUAAAAAAUCUGUCAUCUAUCCUAAACGUAUCAAAUACAAACCAAAAUUAUUGUAUUGUUAUCCAUCUUCUAAAGAAUUUCCUGAUAAAACGUCAAUGUUUUGUUUUCCAAUGGGUGCCUACAUUGAGCAGUGGCCAGUAAAAGCGACUCAGACAAUGACUCCAACAUUCUCAACAUUUCUAUUAAAUUCUAAAAUGUACGGCGCUUGUAUAUCAUAUUAUGAACAAUAUAUAUCUCAUCAAAAUUUGACAAAAUAUGAAUUAGAAAAUCAAUUAGAAUUUGUCAACAGCGAGCAACAACAAUUAUAUGUUUCAACAUGCAUCGUCCUAUUUUCACGUAAUGCAUUUUUCGAUACAUUUCGACGAUUUUUAUUUACAAUCUAUCAUCUCAUAUUAACAUCUAAUAUACUUACGUGUACAAUGCCACAAGAUGCGAACCUUAGAGAACAAUUUUUAUUUAAUCAAUCACCGUUGCUUAGGCAAUAUCUCAAACAUUUUUUCUAUGAUAUACCAUUUCCAUCACCAUCAAAACCAAGAAUAUUUGUACAAUACGAAGAACCAUUAUUACUCGUAUUGCCAGAAGAAAACGGACUACCACAAAAUGGAGCUUCAUUUUUGGAUUUACUGAAAAAUUUGGGAACAGAUAAUACGUUGACAUUGUUUUUAUACGCAUUAUUGGAGUCAAAAUUAUUAAUACAUUCUCUAAGAUCAUCGGUAUUAACAGGUGUUGUUGAAGCUGUAAACAGUAUGUUAUUUCCAUUCCAGUGGCAAUGUCCUUACAUUCCUUUGUGUCCAUUGACUUUGAGUGACGUGUUUAGUGCUCCGCUUCCGUUCAUUAUCGGUAUUGAUUCAAGAUACUUUGAUAUGUGUGAGCCACCAUUCGAUGUUAUCUGUGUCGAUUUGGAUACAAAUUCAAUAACUGGAGGUAAUGACGAACAAAAACAUUGGAAUAUAAAAAUGUUUCCAAAAAAACCGUACAGAUUAUUACGUCAAUCAUUGGAAGAAAUUGAAACACAUUUAUUAGAUCAAUAUCAUCAACGUCUCUAUGAAUUACGUUCACGUCUGAAACGAAAUCGUAAUGAUUUUGAAAUACGUAUACAAAUGCUACAAAUGGAGCGUACUAUUGAAAAUCGUAUACGUGAAGUAUUUCUCCGAUUCAUGUGUACAAUACUGCACGGUUAUAAUAAAUAUUUGAAACCUAUUCUACGUCGUCCAAAUCAAUUGUCAACAGAUGCGAAUAUGCUGUUUCAAUUUGACACAUUUUUACAUACACGGGAUUCUUCUUAUAGAAUAUUUUAUAAUUAUUUAUUAAAGACCCAAAUGUUUAUACGUUUUAUUGAAGAGUGUUCAUUUUCAUCGUCAUCAACUCUCAUAUCUAACUCAUUAACGAAUUCAACAAACACUCCAAACACUAAUUUCUAUGAUAAUAAUUAUAGUCUUGCAUUUUUUGACGAUUGUUGUACAAAACUAAAGCAAUAUAUUGAAAGCAAUAACAUGAUAUUAUCUGAACAACCGCAUUUACUAGACAUAAAUAAUUCGACAGCAUUUUUGAAUGAUAAAACUAUUUUGAUAUUACCCGAAUUUCUUGAUCACAGUCGGAUGUCAACAAAUGGAAAAGGUGAGAAUCAUUUAUCGGAUACCGAUGAAAAUCAACGAUUAUUAUCGAAACGAAGGCACACAACGCAGAAUGAUUCAUUACCGUUAAAUACCGCAACAACAGCUACAGCAUCAAGAAUGUCAUCGACAACGUCAAGUCAUCACUACUCACAACCAAACCAAUCAUUAUCAACAACACCUUUAAAAAUAAUACCAAAUAGCCCAAUGGUAAAGCGAUCUAAAUUUGAACGUGAUAAAUGUCAAAAAGUAAGUAAAAAAGAGUUUUAUUAUGAAAAGGCCAAGUAG